AUAAUGAGACGCACACAUAAGUGUCCCGAUAUCUGCACAUGCGCGUUGCAUUGUGGCGGGAACCAUAUGUGGCGACCCCACGGCAAGGUAUGGCCCCCGCUGGAAGUAAACGACUCCAAUAUGGCGAAUGUGAGAGAUAGUGAUACGUCGUUGUGGCUACAUAACAAGCUCGGUACAUCAAACGAUAGCUGGACCGGCAGCUCGAUCUGCUCGCAGCUCAAUGCCGAGGUAUUGCGGAAUAUCAAGGAUUGUUUUCCCGACCUACAAACGCAGGUCAAGCUCAAGUUGCUCCUGUCGUUCUUCCACAUACCCAGACGCAAUGUGGAAGAGUGGCGUGUUGAGCUGGAGGAAAUUAUUGAGGUUGCGUCUUUGGACAGUGAACUAUGGGUAUCAAUGCUAUCCGAAGCGAUGAAAACUUUUCCAUCAACUGGUUCUCUGAACACAGAUAUCACUGAUCUAGAUGAACAUAGACCUAUCUUUGGCGAAUUGGUCAACGAUCUUCGGAAACUUUUGAAAAAACAAAAUGACCCUGCUAUGCUUCCCUUAGAAUGUCAUUAUCUUAACAAGACUGCAUUGGUUUCGGUGGUAGGUCAACAACCUACACCGGUCAAACAUUUUACUCUUAAGCGAAAACCCAAAAGUGCAGUUUUGAGAGCAGAAUUGGUUCAAAAAAGCACAGAUGCUGCUAAUAAUCUCAAAAAGAGUACUGCUCCCACUGUACCAGUAAGAAGCAGAGGAAUGCCAAGAAAAAUGACUGAUACAACACCUUUGAAAGGGAUUCCAAGCAGAGUGCCAACGAGUGGUUUUCGAUCUCCUUCACUUACGAGCACUUCUAUGUCCAACAGAACAUCAAUUAGUAGUAGAAUUCGAAAAGAUGGUGGUAUUAAAUUGCUUGACAUAAAUGAACAGCCUCUCGGAUAUGCUCAAGCGAAAAAGAGGAAAAGGAUGCUGGAGUUGGAAGAGCAGCAGAAGAAGGUCGCGGAGGCGCAAGCGGCCGCUGCGGCGGCGGCAGCUUCAGUGGUUACGUCAGUCGCGGAAACUCCAGCGACUCCGGAAUACGCGCAAGGACUGGCCUCGAUAAAUCCACCCGCUACACCAGUUGCUCCAACAGUGGUUACAGCGCAAUCUUAUGUUGCGCCUAGUACGCCAAGCAGCAUUUCAGUUACGACUGCACCACAAACACCUACCACAUUAACUACUCCUACAACGUCCGCAACUGUAUUACCAGUAGUUUCAUCGAUGAUAAUAGCACCUGUGGAAAGUACACCUGUCGCUGUGCAAACAGUUAGACCAGCCCAAACUGUCACCCAGAUACGUAUACAGACUACUGCACAACCUAAUGCAGCAGCUAACACAAGAAAAAAUCUGUCUCUUACGCGAGAGCAAAUGUUGGAGGCACAAGAAAUGUUUAGAACUGCAAACAAAGUGACGCGUCCAGAAAAGGCUCUCAUUUUAGGUUUUAUGGCCGGAUCUAGGGAUAAUCCUUGUCCAAAAUUGGGCAAUAUAGUUACGGUGAUGUUAUCAGAAAACAUAGAGGAAGUGACACAAUCGGACGGAACAACCGUUCCGAUGUUAGUCGAAACCCACUUCCAAAUGAAUUAUACUAAUGGUGAAUGGAAAAGGAUAAAAAAAAAUCGACGCAUUGUAACGGAGGAAUCCACAGCAGCAUCCACUCCUACACCGAGUGCGACUGCCACGGCUUCCAAUUAAAACUUGUUCAAAUUAUAAGAUAUAUGAGAGCUAUAUAAAGAUAUUGUUUUGUGCGCUAUAUAAAGAUAUUGUUUAUUAAAUAACGCACAUUGUGAUCAUUCGUCUUCUUAAUAGACGUUGCUGAAUUAAGAGCUGAUAUUUCAUAAGGUAUUCUAACACGAAAUUGUUAUUAAAGUUCUUAACUGUUGUA